AUUAUAGGAUCAGAGUGUUACCUGUCAACGAAGUGUUCAGGUGUGUACCUGAGUAUCGGUAGCCCUGUGCUACCUGGACGCUAACGAGUCGAGAUAAGCUUUAAAACUAUAUAGUAAUUCACCAGUUAUAUAUGUGUGUACCUGGAAAAUACCUGAGAUAUAACAGUGGAUUUUCUGUGAGAUAUUGUGGCCACUGUUGAGUGUUGUGGAAGUAUACACCUGGAACGGUUUAAUCAUAACCCAGUGAUAUUCGUCUUCAAAAUCAAUAUACUCUUGGGAUCUGUUAUGAAUUACCUGUGUGGACACAAACUCGUCAGGAAAAUACAGGUGUAAAAGGACAGGUGCAAGACUUACAGAUUUGGAUUUGGAUUGUAUCACCUGUCAGUGACAGAGAUCAGAAAUGAAGGACAAACUGAUUGGUUGAGAAGCUGUGACCUAUAUUAGGGACGGCAAACUUUUGAAGGUCAGGUCUGCUGAUGACCUCACGUGUUGGUGGUGAAGAAAAAUGUGUAAACCAGAUUCACAACCAGGAUGACCCAAAAGGUCAAGGUCAUAUCAACAUUUCCAAGGUCACUGACUCUACAGUUCAGGGUCAAGAAUGCCCUGUUAUUCGGGAUGGCGCCAAGGUAGAUAGUGGGGGUGUGAUUUCUAUCAAACAUCGACCUCCCAGGGGUCGGUGCCGAAAAAGCAUGACCCAGGAAAGGGGAGACAGCCUUAUCGAAAUGCAUGACAGAAACGGUAAACCUAGCAACUUAGGACAACAGUGUGAGGACAAGGAGAAUAUGGGAGAUUCGGAGGACCAAGAAGACCACGACAUGAUGGACAAUCUGCCGCUUCUCGCCUCCACAGCACAAGCUGUGGAUAAUGUGAGAUCAGAUACUCCCAUAGUUCAGGGUGUUUUCUCUCGCAAAAUUGUUGCCAAAGCGAGCAAAAACGUCAGACAAUUAAAACACUUGAAUGACAGCGAACUCAGCAAUGGUGAUGACAUGUCUGAGAAAGGUAGAGUGCAUCGGACGAAUUCACGCAAGAAUAGUCUGUCGCGUGUACCAGUUUCAUCACGAUUUGACGUACUUCUCAGUAAUAAUCUGUUCCAAAAAUAUCUCGGACAAGAUCAGGAGGACAUCCUCGAUCGGAUUUAUAAGAACCGGGGAGGAGUUUUCAGUGGUGGAAUGCGUAAAGCUUAUUCUAAUAUAGAUCUCACCAGUAUAGAUUUAUCACAAACAUUCGAAAACCCACUCAGUAAUAAUGGUAAGUCUGCUUCAUUUUCUACUGCAGACAAGCGCAAUGAAAAUCGAGGUAGUCAUGGCAACGACCAAGGUCAUGGAAAGGAUCAAGGUCAACAAAGACGGAGACGUGUGUCGAUAAGUAGUGGACAGGAAGUUCAAGGUAUUGUCGACGAACUCUCCGGUACAAAAAAGGAAGUAACCAUUAACGGACAAAGAACAGUGACAGGUAUUUCUAGUCGAGGUAAACGGCAGAAAUUUAAUGUGCCAAGUUUUUCUGAAUUUAGAAAACAGCGGCAAAUGCGCAUAGCGAGUGGCCAUCAGUAUGCCAAGGAAGCAAAGUGUUUGUUAAACAAUAACCAGAGCGCAGUUCAUCUACCAGAAGUGACGUCUCGAAGCCUGGCAGAAGCUUCCGUUCUGGUCACUGCAAUCUCAGAUGAAAAAUCUGAUUCUAAUGACCAGUUACAAUCAAUUAAUGAGGACGAACACAAAUUGUCAGGAAACACCGGUGAACCACCUAAAAGCCUGUCACAAGAGAUGCAGGUCUUUCAAAGUAAUGAACAAGUUGAUUCAUGUGCUGUUGAGAAUGGAAAUUCAGUUCUUAAGAAAGAGGAUUUAAUUCCAGAACAAAUUGAAUUAAGAGAGACAAAUUCAGCAUUAGGUCCUGGAGAAACGGGUGAAAUACCAUCAUUAGACGUGCGUGAUUCAGGGGAGGUUACUUCUGAUUUAAGUGAUUCAGGUAUACCUUUGGAUAGGCCUGACUCUGAAGAAAUAAAUUCUGUGACAUCAUUUAGCGAUGAAGGUAAAAGUGAAGGGAAAAUUACAUGUGAUUCCCUCCCCAGUGAGGAAGGAGGGAUUGAGAAUGUGUCGAGUCAGAAUAAUUCAGGGGAUGUUACCUGUGUUUCUGUUUCCAGAGCGGAAAAGGAGAAUGAAAGUGUGACAAGUCGACACCAUUCAGGGGAAGUAACUUGCGUUUCCCUCCCAAAAGAGGAAAAAGGGACUGAAAGUGUGUCAAGUCGACAUAAUUCAGGGGAGGUAACUUGCGUUUCCCACCCUGGAGAGAAAGAGGGAACUCAAAGUGCGUCAAGUCGACAUGAUUCAGGGGAGGUAAUUAGUGCUUCCAUCCCCAGAGAGGGAGGAGGAAAUCCUAGUGAGUCCAGUAGACAUAAUUCAGGGGAGAUAACUAGUGCUAUACCAACAGAGACAGUAAGCGACAGUCAUAUACCAAAGGAGGUUGUUCUUGCACUAAUGGGUAGUUCAAUGGAAACACAGAUGUCAGACGAAGUUUUUGAUGAAGAUGAGGAUAAUUCUGAUUUGUUAUCCAGUAAAAAACCUCCAAUAGAUAUCUGUCUCCAAGGGAAUGACUCUGAGGAAUGUGACCUUGUCAGGCAUGACCUCGACCUUGGAGAAAGUGACACGCUAGUGCUAGAAGAUUUGGAUGUCCCAACCACGAAACAUAUGUGCAAUAUAAGUUCUUAUGAUGAACCCUGUAUGUCAAGUCCGUCAAGUAGCACAAAGGACACUUGUGGAACGUUUACUUUUAAUUCCUUCGAACAUGAAACAUCUGAAGUGAAAAACAAUUUCAUCACUUUAGAAAUUCCUUCCGAGUCAAACACAGAUGACGUUGAUUUAUCUGAUACAGGACCAGCUUGUGACAGAGAUUGUGGUCUGUUACCAGAGAUAAAGAAUUACGAUGUAGUUGGCUCGGAAACACUCAACAGUGAAACACAUGUUGCAGAAACUACAGUCACAGAGACAUUGGGCAUGCCUGAGACACAAAACAGUCUGGACAAUUGUCCUGGAGGUCAAGAUGGAAAUGAGGCUUCGGUCAUUCAAGGAAUCACUGACCAGUUUGACAAGCCACAAAGUAUAUUGGAUGUCAGUGAGGGUCAGAAUCCAGAUAAAGAAGAGAACAUAUCGUGUAAACCUCCGAGCCCCGAAAAACCAAAAGUUCUUCCCCGAAUACCAAAACGCCAGACAAAACCUGACAUUGCUCCUCGACCUGUUCCAAGAUCUAGGCCAAUCAAUGACCCCUCAAGGUCACAAGUUGUUCAGACUGGAAUACGGCCACGAAAAAGAAAGCUGCCCACACGUCCGCCAAGGGUUUCUCGAACAAAGAGUGACUUUGAUCUCAAAUCUACGUUAAAGGAAUCCACAUCAGUUUUGAUGAUGUCACGGUCUCUGGAUAAUGAGCAGCCAUUACUGGAACAGGAAGUGAAACCAUCUAGUCCUAAAAGAAAUGACAGUUCCGACCCCCCUACUCCGCCUUUACCCUCUAACCCCCCUCCCACAUUCCUUAUUCCGUCAUUGCCAGACAGUGAACCUCCCACGCUUUGUUCGCAAUCUGAUGAUUACAAUGAUGUGGCAAAAUCUCCAACACCACAGGGUCAAAUAGGAACAUCCAGUGUUCCAUUUUCGCCCAAGUCACUAAAUGAAACGGGACCAAUUCAUGUCCUCAACCUUUCUAAUUCAGACAAUAAUAGUCCUAGUGAUGACGGCACUUUCUACUUCCCGGAAAAUCCUUUUUUCUCUGACACACCAAGUCCAUUUAAUUUUUCAUCAAUGACCUCCCCUGACCAACAUGUGGGUCCAAUUUUUGUGUUUCCCGAACCGCUGUUGAACUCUCCUCUGUCAGACCAGGAAGAAACAGCGACUCAAGGUUCAGGUAACCCCAGUGACCAGUCCUUUAUGUCGACGUCCGAGUCAGUUACAUCUGACACAAGCAACAAACCGUUGUCAUGGCUUCCAACCAGUAUCGAUAAUAUCUACAGAUCGUGUGACAAUGUCCAACAAUCAGAAAGCGAGAUAGACUUGACGGAUCCUGACUCUGCCACCACGUUGGACUCUACUAAGAACCUGAAUGUUUACCGCUCCUCAUCUGACGUAUCACACAGUACUCCUGAAGCAUUGCAGAAACGGCGGGAACGCAAGGAGCGGCCCUACAAAAGUGAUCCAUUUACAGGAGGCAUGAGACCUCCAGGACAAUUCAUUAGGCGUCAACGAGGUCUACCUUCUGAUGAUGGAUUCACGGAUGACUGGAUUGAUGAAAUGGAUGAAUCUGAGGCAGUUACCCUGGCCGAAACAGAAGCAGAGCGGGACCGAAAGCGUCGAGUCAGACUGAGCGUGGUCAGUGAUGCAAGCACAGACAGUGGGGUCAUAGGUCAAGAAGGGUCACAGGAAGUACCGCCAAGUCCAACAGGAAGUAGUGGUUCCUAUGGUUUUGUCACCAAAAUGGGAGACAACUCUGGAUUAUCACUAAUGGAGCCCAAUAGAGACGAAGAAAAUGCUGAGUCCGUGAUCGCCGUUGCCAACAAGGAGGCAAAGAAAACAGAGAGAAAAGACAUCAUUAUAGAAAUAAGGGACACGGAGAAAAGCUACGGACGGGAUUUACAUAUCCUCAAGGAUCAUUUUUACAAACCAAUGAAGACAAACGGACUUCUGAGCUCAGAACAAGUUGAAGCUAUCUUCCUCAACUUGGAGCAGCUCAUGAACGCCAACGCUCAGUUUACGGCCAGACUGGAAGCAGCCCUCCAAGACGCCAUCAACAAUGAUGACCAUGAUUUCACGGAAGUUUCCAUCGGCAGCUUGUUUCUGAAGUCAACAGAUCUGAUGAUGGCAUUUGAGAGCUAUUGUGUGAACCAGAGCCAUGCAGGCAAUUUGUUAGAAACACUGGAAAAAGAGAAGGAACUGCUGCGGAUCUUCUUACAAGCCUCACAGGAUGAUAAUGUGGCUCUGAGACGAAUGCCUCUCAAGUCAUUCCUCAUCCUCCCAGUACAACGAAUAAUGAGGUAUCCAUUACUAUUGGAACGUCUCCACAAGUCCACAUCUUCUGAAACCCCAGACAAGGCGGCCAUCGUUGGAGCUAAAGCAAAAUUGGAGGAAAUACUCGGCCACAUCAAUUCGAAAACUCAGAAGAGUAGUGGCUCCAUGAAGAUGAAGAAGAAGGUGGCCGACCUCCUGCUGCAGAGGCAGGCUCCAUCAAUGGAGAAGGCUGAACUGAACCGAGCAGCUAUUGACAUUCUGGGCUGGAAUAAGAAGGAUGUGUGUGACAUCACAACAUGUCGUUUGCAGGUGGCCAUGGCAACGGAUCACAACUGGGCAACGAAACGUCUCAAACUCAAAUUUACUACAGUUCAAGGAAUUCUUUUAACCCUGGGACAGGGUGAGAUGCACAGAUCUGAAGAAGAAGGUCUUCUGUUUCCUCAUAAGUCUUCAGUCAUCCAAGCAGCUGUGGUGAUACUCAAGGAGAAAAACAACAAAUACCAGACAGUCAGGGAGCCAUUCAUGCUGAACAGAUGUAUAGUAAACCACGACCCUGACACAGAUGAUGUGUUUGAAGUGUUGGAAAACAACAAAGAGCCUUUUGUGUUUAAGGGUGAAGACAAGGAAGUGAAACUGUGGUUGAAGAAUAUGAAGCAGCAGACAAUAGACUUGGGGACAUGGAGAAAGAGAAGGAAUGCUCUUCCCAACAUCAUGAUCAAACAUCUUGUGUGAAGAUUCCCUUCUACUUCAAGGGGUAAUCCCAAGGUCAAUCCCAAGAUCAGAACCUUUGUCGCUAGGCUUCUAGUCCACCAAUCAUCUCGAUAUAUGGAAGGUAUCACUCCAAAAUGUACCCUACCUUCAGGUGAGAGUAUAUAUGGUCAUUGACAAGGUCAUAAAUGCACCAAUCAGAGGUCAAGGUGGAAGGAAGAAAAGGUCAGACUCAUCCAAACUAAGAAGGAUGCUAGUCCGCCUGAUGGGGAAAAACAUUUUAUGCAAAUUUGGUUCUUUGAAGAGAAUUAUAAUCUGUGAAGAAAGCCAGUUGCUCGAAACAGUGUUUUUAUCACACAGCACGACAGGCAUGCCUUUUCCAGGGUUUUGAGAUUCCAGACAUUUUGUCUGUAAAGUGAUUUUAUGUCUUCAAGACAGAUUUGUAUUGAGCCCCACAUUCAACGUUCUAAGCUCAACCCCCAACAGUGAUGUAAGACAACUCAUUUUAACAUUAAUAAUCGUGAAAAAAAUCUUGAAAAUGAUCUAAUUGGAUAUUGUCAUAUUUGUUGUUCCAAUUAAUAAGCAGUAUCUACAAUAAAGAGAUUUUUUUCUUGAAAGAUAGAUAAUGUCGAAAUCACUAAACUUAUAUUCUUUUAAGUUAUUCACCCCUGAAAUUUCAUAAUGAACUAUUCCAACCAUUGAAUUGGAAGGGUUCAAAUGCGUCUUCAGGGGUGAAUGAGUUAAUGAAAAUUUAGAUCAAAGAUGAACGGUUGCUGAUUAGGUUGAAAGAUAUGUAAGCUUGACUAGGAAAUCGUGUUUAAAUUGUGAGUUCCUUUUACCAUGAAAAUGGUAUUGUAGUGAAAGAAAUCUGCAUGUAUCAAAAUACAUCAGGACAAGGGAGAUAUUCAGAACAAGGGAGAUAACUUGUUUAUAAAAGGGUCGGUAGCAUAAUGCAUAUCAAGCAUGGAGAUUUUAUGUACAUUUUCACAUUGAUGAAUAUUUUUGUCUAUGCAAUUUUAUGUCCGUUUUAAUCUUGGCUUAUCUCUCCUUUCUGCCUUAAUAAGUUUAACAAUGACUUUAUUGACGCUGAAAACAUUGACUUUCACCUCCUCCCAGAAAUAAUUUUAAUUAUACUGAAUGUUUUAAUAAAAAAGGAGUUUUUCAUUUCUCGAAUUUCAAUAUAUAUCAUUUGUUUUGAGACGUGAUUACAUCAGAAUGGUACUUAGUGUGUCUUAUUGUUUAACUAUCACUUUAAGUCGAUGCUACCUGGCAUGUGACAGGUGUAUAGUUUGCUGUCCCAGGACAGCAGUACUCUGCUUCUAAACUCUAUUUUUUUCUGUUUUUUCUUCUGUUCUAUAUUGAUUUUAGUUUUCACAACUUUUCGCCAAGAAGUCAAUAGUGCAAUUUGAAUUAUUUUGUAACUUUGUAAAUAUUUUGUAAGAUAUAAUGUACUCGCCAUGAUGACAGUGCCAAAUUGUGUUUAAGUCGAUUACCCCUCAGACUGGAAUAUUCCAUUAGUUUUGUUAUAUAGUUAAUGAAAUAUAGAUAGAAUUUCAUUAUAGUCUAAAGGGGUGCAUGGCUGUGUAUACAACGCUUAAUUAAACAGUAUUGUUAUAAUGUGAACAUUACAUGAUUCAUAAUAUCAAUUCUUUGAUUCAAAUUCUAAUUAGAAUAUUUGACGAAUCUAUUUAAUGAACUGUUUAUAAAAAAACAUGUAAUCAAUAAUCUCUUUUAUCACAGGCCCUUGAUGCACAAAAGUUGUUAAAUAUUUUAUAUAGUAUACCAGGAAUGAUUAAUAGAUAUUACAUCCGUGAGUAUAAAAAGGCCCUGUGAUAUGUAGGUCAUAUUUUGUGACACAGGUAAAAAUAGCAUAUAUGUUCUAGUUUGUUUUGUACAUAAUGUGCAAGGGCCUGAAGGUAAAAUUCUAUUUAUUUAUAUAACAGUGCAGUACCCUGUGUCUAAAUAUAUAAUUGUAUGAAGUGUUGAGAAAGUGAUUUUGUAAAUUUUUACCACGAAAUGCUGAUUUGUUGUCAGAUGUAUCGACAUGAUACAAAAUCAUUGGUUGUGCUUUUUUAAUAAUUAUCAAUAGGCUCUUAGAUUUCAUCCUUUUAGACCAGCUGUGUUUGGUAUAGAGAUUUAUAUCCCAUUUAAAUACCUUCCCUUUAACAGUUAACGAAAGGUGUGACUAGUCGUGCUAUUGGUAACUGUUGACGUUCAACAACCACCUGUAGCCCUAGGUUUGUUAAUCCUCAGAUUACCAUGGAUACAAGUAACUUAUUUUUCCACAGUUGUGGAUGGGGAGAUUUCCUGUUUAAAAACAGUUUUUAUUUCAAUAAAUUACUACAUAUCAAAUUCAGAAUCCUUCCUUUCCCAACUUAGCCUCCAAAUCUGAAUCUGGCGCUUUUCCUCCCAAAUUGCAAAGACCUGUGUCUGAAUCUUAAUCAGCCUGCUUCUCGGCAGCCCCGGGGCACAGAUCGAAAAUGAGUAACUGUUACCAUGGUGAUUUGAUGCGACUGUUUCAUCGUCCAUGUUUGUGCUCGCCUGAAUUGGGUUGUAUAAAUCUCUUCAGUUUAAUGAUAUAUUGAUUAAAACAAAUUCUCAAAUAUUUUUUCCCCCUUUUAAAUUAAAACUACCGUAAAUUUGUGGGUAUAGUGCGCACUCGGGUAUAGUGCGCAGGUACGUUUUUGGGGUCAGAUUUGAAA